AUGCCUCUUCCUCUCCAGGUCGAUCUGAACGUCAGCUUUGAGCAACCGCUUUUACGCUCUUCUCGUUCCCCAACCGCCACAAUUCCCUCUCAAGACUUUUCAGUCUUCACAACGGAUUCCCCACAGUCAACAUGGCUUCCCUCCCGUGCUUCCCGCCUGCCGGCUCCAUCCGCGCAUCAACAACAACAACUGCCUCAGAACAAUUUGAACGUGCCUCAAACGGAUUUUGUUCUGUUCGAUUCACCUGCCAAGCCGCAGCGUCAACAUAAUCGUCUUGUCCAGCACCCUGCCGUCAACGGAGUUGUCGCUUCACCGCAAACCCAACAGCAACCGCGUUUCGCCCAAGCCACUCACAACCUGGUUGUCUCUGCCUCGCCCUCUCUGCAGAAUCCGCGUGUGGCCCGCCUCCAAUUCGCUGCAGGUCCGAGCAUUUCGUCUACUACGGCUUUCCCUAAUCGGUUUCCCUCCACUCCUUCCACGCAGAAUCAUUUUUACGCGUCUUCUGCGCCAUCGUCCACUGUUGCUGUGAACAAGCAAAUCUCGGUCCGGCCUCCAGUUCCGCCGUUUCCCCACAGUACCGGUAGCGUCCCGCAGAUUCCUACCAACAAAAUGGUUCUUGAAGGUAGCUCUCCUCCCUCCAUGCACAGACAAUCACUGCACAUGCAUCGAACAGCCAGCUCACAGUCCAUUCCGUCUUCAGACCUGCAAGGCCUCAGUGAUUUCGCGGCUGUCAGCUUUGACGGUGCUUCGUUCUCGUCGCCCGCCAUGGCAGCCAGCUAUGACCUGACCUCGAGUGUGUCCAGCAGCUCGACGAGCAACCUGGGCACGGUGUCGCCAAACGACCUGCUCCUGCAGGAGCCGUUCAUGUCGGCACCCAACUCGGCUGCGCUCACGUCCUUGACAUCUCCGUCGGACUUUGACGACUCUCCUUAUGGCGACAGCUACGAUGUGUCGCCCAACUUUGGUGGCAACGACUUUGAGGCGGGGGCCCACGACACGUGGUUCCCCCUCUUCGCCCAGGACACCACCUCUUCGGUUGCUGCAGGCCCCGUGGCCGGCGCUGUUUCGGCAUCGCCCGCAUCGCGGCCUGUUGAUGAGAUUGACGAGUCGGAGACAACGCCCAGCCGCCGCAAGUCGUCCGGUCAUGCCCGCUCCCCUUCCACCUCGCACAAGCACUCUGCCUCAGCCGGCGUCAAUGCCUCCCGACGCCGGGAAAAGCCUCUGCCCCCUAUCAUUGUCGAUGACCCGUCGGACAUCGUUGCCAUGAAGCGGGCGCGCAACACCCUUGCCGCACGGAAGUCCCGUGAGCGCAAGGCCAUGCGCGUGGAGGAGCUUGAGGAGAAGAUUGCUAAGCUGGAAGCGGAGCGCGACCACUGGAAGAAGAUGGCUCUCGGUCACUAG